AGGAAAAAAGAUCCCAAAUAAAAAAGAAAGAAGAUAUAGAAAUAUAAUUAAAGCUGCUGCCAACCAAUGGAUAUCUCUUCCUCCUCCUCCUUAGAAAGGGUUGGUUAUGUUCAGUGCAAUUUCUGCAACACUAUUCUCGCGGUGAGUGUUCCGGGGUGCAGCAGUAUAUUCAGUUUGGUGACAGUGAGAUGUGGGCACUGUUGUAAUUUGCUCUCUGUGACUAUGCCAUCUGCUAACAAUUUGCUUCAUCCCCCUCUCCCUCUUCAACAUUUCAUCCUCCACCAGCACCGGAGAAAAGGCAGCGAGUCCCUUCUGCUUACAAUCAAUUCAUCAAGGAGGAGAUCCAAAGGAUAAAAGCCUGCAAUCCUGAUAUUAGCCACCGCCAAGCUUUCAGCACUGCUGCUAAAAAUUGGGCACAUUAUCCUCAUAUCCAUUAUGGGAUAAAUGUUGAAAACAAGCAAGACAAUUUAGAUCAUGUUGUCGGAGGAGAAGCGGCUCAGAAAUCCCUUGGUCUCUGCUAAGAAAGGAUAUUAUAUUUCAAUACUGUCCCAAUUUAUUAUUUGAAUUUAUUGUUAAUACAUUUGUUUGUACGUG